GGAGCAGAGCAGAGCAGAGAGCAGGAAUCCGCUUCCACUGGAGGGAGAGCGAAGAAGGACCCGCACAGAUUCCUCCACACAGAGGUGCCUCAUGGCACCAGAUGACGGCACCGAAUGGCUGCUGCAGCUGCUGACAGAGAUCCAGUUGGAGCAAUUCUACAGCAAACUCCGCGAUGAGCUCCAUGUGACACGUCCGAGCCAUUUUGAUUACGUCAGACCCUCUGACCUUGACCGCAUUGGCAUGGGGCGCCCAGGACAGAGACGAUUAGAAGACGCUUUGAAGCGCAGGAAGCCUCCAGGCCAGCGCCCCAUGUCGUGGGUGUACAAGAUGUUCACAGGGGGGAAAAGUCCCGAAAGCGAAGAAGCCCCCGUCUCGCAGUCCUCCACCCCUCGCAUGGACCCCAACGUCUCGCUCAAGUGCCUCAUCAGUGAAUGGGACUUGCUGCUCCACGAACGCCUCGGGGACGGCUGCUUCGGGGUGGUGCAUCGGGCCGAAUGGAGCACACCUGGCGGCGGGACGAUUCCAGUGGCCGUGAAGUCUCUGCGCUCCGACGUCUCCUCUGAUCCCGGUGCCCUGAUAGACUUCCUAAAUGAGGUCAACGCCAUGUGCUGCCUGGAUCACCCCAACCUCCUCCGCCUCCAUGGGGUGGUGCUCACCCAACCCCUCAAGAUGGUGACUGAGCUGGCCCUGCUGGGCUCGCUGUACGACCGCCUCCGCCCCCCCUUCCCCCUCCACCGGCUCUGGAGUUACGGCCUGCAGGUGGCCAAGGGGAUGGCCUACUUAGAAGCCAAGCUGUUCAUCCACCGGGACCUGGCCGCACGCAACAUCCUCCUGGCCUCCGAGGAGCACGCCAAGAUCGGCGACUUUGGACUCAUGAGGCCACUCGCCAGCAAGAGCGACCGCUACAUCAUGUCUGCCCAUCGUCGCAUCCCUUUUGCUUGGUGUGCCCCGGAGAGCUUGCGCACAGGGGUUUUCACCAGCGCUUCUGACGUGUGGAUGUUUGGGGUCACCCUCUGGGAGAUGUUCUCCUACUGCGAAGAGCCAUGGAUGGGUUUCUCCGGGCGUCAGAUCAUGCUCAAGAUCGACAGAGAGGGUGGGCGGCUGGAACGUCCCGAUGACUGCCCCCGGGGCAUCUAUGCCCUGGCGCUGAAAUGCUGGGCCCACAGCCCCGAGGAGAGGCCUCACUUCCGGGAGAUUGUCAGCUUGUUGCAAGAGCUCCGUCCCAAAGAAGUGAAGGCCUCCCAAGAACUCAGCGAGCCAGGAUGGGUGCGCCUGGAGCCGAACGACACAAUCACGGUCAUCGACGGCAGUCCUGAUUCUUCCACCUGGCGCGGACAAAACAAGCGAACGCUCAAAGUCGGCAUCUUCCCGUCGUCCGUUGUAGUGCCAGAAGCAGCAGCGAACCCUUCUGGGGGGGCUCACAUUAGCCUCCCCCUGAAAAGCUCCUUUGUCCACCUGAGUCACGGAGAUGUGGAGCCUGGACGGAGCUGGGGGGCUCCAGAUCGGGUGGAGAAGAAGCCAAAAGCUCAGAUUGGGGACAUCGGUGGCCAGAAGCGAGCCGGGGCACAGCAGCUCCUGCGCUUGAGCCGCCUCUCCAAAAGUUUGGAGUCCAUUUCUGAAUUCAGCAUCCUGUGCAGCAAGCCCCGCGUUCCAGCCGCCAGGCCAGAAGACGCCUUGGCCCCCUCCCGCCGACGUUUCAGCGAUCUUUCGAUCCCUUUCCCACCAGCCCAGCCCCUCGAACAUCGAGGGCCCAAGCCGGUCACCCGCUUCCCUAACCCUGCCCUUCCUUCCUGGGCCCUACCCAAAGCUGACUGUCCUCCGGGGGCCAGGGACAAGGAGCCACGACCCCUCCGGACAGCCCCCAAAGGAGCUAUGGGGGGCCCUGCAGGCCCCUGUGGCGGGCAACGACUAACCCCCAUUGAAGUAGAAAAGAAAAUCAAGGAGGUACAAGAGCGGGUGCACGGGGUGACAACAGAGGAAUGUCGUGAAGCCCUGAGACUGCACAGCUGGGACCCACAGAAAGCUGCCCAGAUGCUAAAGGUGGACCAGCUGUUCCACAUCAGCUCCCACUCUCGGGAGGAGUGCCGGCGGAUCCUGGAGAAGCACCGCUGGAACCUGGCCAUGGCCUCCCGCUAUGUGCUCAGCCGGGGCCUGCGGGCCUGAGCCCAGGCAGGAUGGGACAGAUGGGGAACCGGCCUCGGCUUCCAAGCAGCACGACACAGCUCUGUGGUGGGGGAAAGGUCUCCAGAGACACCACUCCCCCUGCAGGAGACCCAGGUGUCCUGGCUCCCGGGUGCUGUAGCCCCUACUUAAAGCUCAGCGCCAGAGAAAGGACCUGGAGCCCACCUCCACUGGUGGGCCGAGACCCGUCUACCCAGAGACUGCCGAGCUGGCUGCCACCACUCCCUCCUCCAGCUUGCUGGACCACAUUUAGGGAAACUGCUGGCACAUACCCAAACGCAUUGGACCUGCCUUCCCGGACCAAGCUCUCGUGCCUGCUUAUUUCAGGGGCUUAGGGCAGGACAGCAGCUGCUGUGUCUCGAUGUGCACCUGUGUCUACACGGAUGCUCCUGUGCUGCCCUUCCAGCCACUGGACCCAAGCCAUGCCCAGGGCAGGUUGAAGGCCUUUUGUCACCGAAAGGGAGGGACACCCAUUUUAUCCUUCAGCAGUACCUGUGGAUGGGUCAGAGUGGUGCCGGGCACAGGGGCUUGCCUUGGCCGUGGCCCACAGCCACGGCAGCCCGGGAGGGAGUGCGCAUUGACUGCCACCCGCAGCCAGGAGCAAUCCAAGCCCCUGCAGGCCAAAAGCCCCCCCCCUCCCCAGAACAGCAGCCUGGAUUUUGGCUCCGCCCUGAGAUGACUGCCCAGCCUCUGCCUGGGCUGUACCACCUCAGAGAGUGGGUGGGGUUCACUGGAAAAAACGCUUCUCCAUUCCAAAGGUUCCCUUCGGCUGGGCAAGAAAGGCUCGGGCUCAAGCACCAACAGCCCCCACUGACCACCCACUGGGAGGACGAAUGUAAACGACAUCCGACAGCAGAUGUCAGCGAUCGUAGACAUUAAUGCUGCCUGCAUGUUUCUGAAUGUGGGGGGGGGGGGGAGCUAGAGCUGUAAAUACACUAAAAGUGGAUAAACAAAUAUUGUGCAUUUC